AAAACUAUCGUCAAAGGUUAUUGUCACUCGAUCGAAUUUUAGUUUUCCGAAAACUAGAAAGUCUGAGCUUACAAUUUACAGAAAACAAAUUUAUGUCUGUGAUAAUUAGAAGUGCUCGCAUUAUUCUGGAAAGUUAGUGUCUCGUCGGGGUUAAAAUUGCUCGAGAAACGUGCGAGGAAUCGGGUGCAAAGUUCUAAAACUACGGUAUACGGAAGCGGAAGUUUCGUCGUGUUUCAAUAAUAAAAGUAGGGAGGGAGAAACGGUUCGAACAAUCGCCGCGAGAGGGGCGCGCUCGAAUUAUGUCCUUCGUGUAUUUUCUCGCCUCAACGCGUCUUCCCAGCAGCGUCACUUCUAACCAUAUGUUUUUCACGCUGUGGCUUUUACGCGGCAAAAAAUUGCUCUGAAUAGCACUGAAAGUGAGAGAAAUGUCGAGAAAAAAGCACAGCAUUGCGUAUAUCAAACCGGACGAGCCGAAAUUUCUGAGGGAAUUGAAACUCCAGGCAGGAUUCAAAGAGGGUCCGACGAUCGACACGAAGCGUGAGGAGCUUCCGGAAGCGGAGGACGAGGACAGGAACGAUUUGAACGAGGAGGAGCCUGUGGUGGUGGUGCUGAAAGAAGGGGAUUUGACUGCGGAAGAAGCGGAAGCGAUAAAGAAACAAAAGGACGAAGAGGAAGCGAGUGCAAAAGCGGACUUGUCGAAGCGGGUGAUAUUCAAGAAAAAAGAGUCCGAAAGCAGCGUCGUUGACGAGCCUGCGACAAAAAAGUCGAAAAAGACGAAACAAAAAAAAGCUUUGCUGUCGUUCGACGAGGAUGAGGAGGACGACUAGUCAUUAACCUAUCCAUUUUAACGUGUAAAAAAAUUGAAAAACACUGUUUAUUCUUGUAAAUAAAUACCAUUUUUUCAA